AUGCCUCUCACUGAUGAAAACAGGUCGGAGAAAAUGUUUGAGAAGGAACUGCAUCUUCUCGGGAGAGCUCACCACUCAUGCCUGGUGAAUUUGAUUGGAUACUGUGAGGUGGACAAGCUUUUGGUCUUUGAGUUCAUGCCCAGAGGAACUCUUUCUCAAAAUAUAUAUACCAACACGCCACCAUUGGACUGGGUAAGCCGGAUAAGAAUCACUGAACAGGCUGCCCGAGGCCUUGAAUAUCUUCACAGGUAUGCAUCACCAAGCAUCAUUCACAGGGACGUGAAAUCAUCGAACAUCCUUCUCGACUACAACUGGAAUGCUCACGUCUCGAAUUUUGGCCUUUGCUCGCUUGAAGAAACUCAAGCCAGUGGAACAACCAUCACAACACCCGGUUACUUGGAUCCCGAGUAUGGUUCCUCUCUCCGCCUCACAGCCAAGAGCGAUGUUUACAGCUUUGGAGUGGUUCUUCUAGAGUUACUCUCCGGUGAGAAGCCGAUUGAUUCUUCGAGAAAUAUCCAGGACUUGGCAGCUUGGGUGCUUGAUCUCGUCGGACGUGGCGAGUGGAACUCCGUGCUAGAUCAAAAGUUGGCACUGCCUCCACAGCCGGAGCCUUUAUACAAUGCAGUGAAACUUAGUUUGGAGUGUACCAAGGUCAGAGGCAAGGAUAGGCCAACUAUGAGUGAGGUUGCUCAGAGGCUAGAAGAAAUAUUGGAAAUGAUUCUAGUACCUUCUUCCUUGAGUUCCAUUGCAAAUACAACGGUGUCUCUCGUUUAA